AUGGCCGCGGAGAAGCGUCAGAUACAACAGCCCCAAAGGCAGAGUACGACGAGUAUGCCUUCUGGAUUUGAAAGACUGCUUCAUCAUUCGCCUACGCCGUCCCCUCCCCCGCGGCGACCGUCCUCAACCUCACGAUAUCACCUUCACAUCAGACAGCAGCCUUUAGCUGCGCGAGCUUGUGGCGCGGGUGAUCGAGAUCGACGGCCUAUCGACCCACCUCCCAUCAUCCAAAUGCUUCUGACAGACUUCGAUCCGAGAUCCUCUGACGACAACGACAUCCUUCAGGAUCCGCGAUUCACUGUGGGCUGUUUCCUCAUCCCCGAACCCGGAUUCUCCCAAUCAGACGUGCACGCCGAGGGUACGGGUAGAGUGGAUGAAUUGAGCCAGGGACAGUCUACUCCUCUGCUAUCCGGAAAAGCCUUCGUGUCGCCUUUCUAUGUCGAUGAAGAUCCGGACCCCAGCACAGCGCCAGCCCAUCCAUCCUCGUCGGGCUACUACGCACCCGAAACGGGCGCAUACCUGCCACCAACCACUUACCACGGCAGCCCACACAUCCCGGGACAGCCUGCUACGUUCUACAUCUUCUCCGACCUUUCUGUCCGUACAGCUGGACUGUACCGCCUCCAAUUCCGUCUGAUGAACUGGGGUCACGUGGAAGACACUGGCAAGUCGAUGCCGAUCCUUGCCGAGGCUUGGACGAAUCCUUUCCGCGUAUUCCCGGCCAAGGACUUUCCUGGAAUGAGGGAUUCGUCCCUUUUAACAGAGGGAUUGAAGGAGCUUGGGUUUGUAGAAUUGAAGACGCGGGGGAAAGGGAAAGGGAAGGGUCGAAGGAGGUGA